UAAUACAAAUAAUUCAAGAAGAUGGACGAUGUAACGCAGGACGGUCCCUAUACAAUGUGGAAAAUGUUUAACGAUCUAACAUUAGUUUUGUUUAACAAUUUGGAAAAUGCAGCUGAUGGGCUUGAUAGACUUUUAUCAUCUAUUUUGAAACUUUCUGAAGAUUAUUCGGAGGUAUUGGUCCCUAAAGCCGGCUCAUCUAAAAGUCCCGAUUCUCACUACAACUCCUUCAAUACUUGGUUAUUAGGAAGACUCUUCUAUGUUUGUUCUGUAAAGGAAUUGCAUAGCAUUCAUUUAAGAAGUAUAGAAGCUCAGUCUAAGAUUCUACAUAUACUAUGCAUAAAUAGAGUGUCAUUCAAUGAAGCUAUUCUUGCUGAGUACUAUCAAGUUUUGGAGAAACUUGUGGAAUAUUAUAAAGAGUUUCCCGAAGGUAAGAAAAGAGAGGUUAUACUGGAAAAUUUUACACCAACACUAACAACUAUUCAAGACAUGAAGCUAGAACCUAUUUAUGUUCAAGUCAAUAGUAUUGAAUCACUGAAGACCAUUAUAGAAAUAACUUUAGAACUGCUAGCUGAAAGUAUACCUCCUAAUUUAAUUAACACACCACACAAGAAUAAUUACCUGGAAGAAAAAGUGUUUACACCUAUUUUGUAUAUGCUUGAAGAUUUUGAUAUUGAUCUCAAAUACACCUGUUUCAAAUUCUUUAUCAAUUUGAUAAAAAAUUCAAAUAGGGUUUCCAUAAUUAGGUUACAUGAUUGCUUUCCAAAAACAAACAAAGCUUUUUUAACCUAUACGGAAGCAAUGGUUGAAACAAUCCAUAUUUUGUAUGAAAAAUAUGAAAUAAAUGAUGUAUAUUUGAAAAAAAUUAAUUUAACACUACUGGAAUUGUUACAAGAAAGUGAUGUUACAUCAAUCAAGGGAUAUGAAGAGAUAUAUGCAUCAAUAUGUACCAUAGUUAUUAACAACUCAACAAAGAUAUUUACAAAGGAUCUAAAGAUGAGAUGUCUAUUGUUAUCUAAAUUCAUUGAGCUACCAAAAUCCAUCACAGAUUUACAGAAAAAAGAAGCUUCAGAAAUAGACAUGCUGAAGACUUUUUAUGUAAAACAAAUACUGCCUUUUGUUCAUAAUAAUAUUAAAUUGAAUAUUCUAAAUGAGAAUACAUAUUACAACAAUGCUUUAUCAGUCAUUCUAAAUAUAAAGGCAUGCGAGGAUAUGAAUUUGGAUGAGUAUCUUCUAUCAUUUCAUCUUAGUAGAUGUUUAUCAUCACUAAACAUAUUAUUAUCUGUACAUUUUGAAUGUAAAUCAAAGGAUCAUAGUUUACUGAAUAAAGAAAAAUUGAUGAAAAUAUGGACAUCUUUGCUUAAGUUAACAAGAAGUUAUAAGCAAGUUAUAUUAGGCAAUAAAAGUGUUUACAAAAGUAUUUUAAAUGUGGUAAUAUGUAGCAUAUGUCUGAAUAAGAAUGCAGCAGCAGAGGAAUCAGAAAUGUUUAACCAAAUUGUAAGCUUAAACAUAAGUAAAUCUUUUCUCAUAGAUUUACAAGAUACAAUAAGAUUGUGCCUCCUUAAAUAUAUGCUUGUAAAAACUUUGCUAUUGUCAAAACAUAGAAACAAAGACUCUGGGAGUGAUACUAUUAUGUUUGUUAUAAGUUCUCUAAUGAAAAGUAGGGUCGACUGUGCCAAGGUGGUUGAAGUUACACCACUGCUCUUAUCGAAUAAAAUAAUGUCAGCCAGCAAAAUUAUAGGAGAUAUUUUAAUGCCCGUUUUCAUGUCCAGAAUAGAAGAUGUACAGAGUAAUGUGAUUUCGGUGUUACCAGCUAUAUGUUGUAUGUCACUGGCUGAUUAUGUAAUUAUUAUUAGCAAUAUCAGUGCUGGCCAUUGUAUAUUUGAAAUUGGAAGUAUGUUUCUAUGUAUACUAUGCUCACAGUGCCACAAUAAAAAUUUGAAAAUCUCUGAAUACAUUGAUGAAAUAAAGCAGAAAUAUGAUGUAAUUUGUAUAGAAAAUAUUAAUUCUCAUACAAAUUCUACACAAGGUACUAUGAAGAAUUUAUUCGGAAAGUUUCUGAAUGAUAAGCAGCAUAUAAAAAUUGGAGAGAAGUACUGGAAGCUGGUUGAGUGUCUGCUAAACCAUUACUUUAUCUUUGACUAUGGAGUUCCUUCAACAAUAAUAUCUGAGCCGCAUUUGAAAUAUAUUGUACAAGUUUUCAAAGCAGUUCUAAGUAACAAUCAGUUGGAAGAAGACAAAUCUCAGGAUUGGAAUAGCAAAAGAGAAUCAAUGAUUAACAUGUGCAUAAACCUUCUUGUAAAUUCUACUCAGAAAAGCUUGUUAAACAAUGAUGUAGCCUUACAAACGCAAACAUUGAAUUACAUCAAAGAAUUCGGUUUGUGCCGAAAUAGUAACUUGAUUUUGCCAAUCACAAAAUUGCUUGUCUACUACAUAAUGUUCCCACAGUGUCCACUGAAUCCUAAAGCUAUAGUGUUUCUGAGAGAUGUUUGCGAGUUUCAUGGCCAAACACCAAACCAAGUGUAUCAUAAAUAUAAGAAGGAUUACUGCAAAUUAUUUGUGGAAUGCAGUCUCUAUAAUGGGAAGGAAUUUCCUAUUUAUCUACUAAGAGUAGUCCGAGCCUUCGGAUUUGUUGGCUACAGGGAUUUUAUAUCUAAAGAUGGUCACCACUUUCUACCAUACCUUAUAUUGUAUGCUGUAAGUGUUAAGGAGGUUCCAUCAAUGAUAGAAGAAAUAGCUGCUUUGGUCCAAUGUUCGGUCUCCGAUUUUCUCAUAGAAAGGUUUCCUCACAUCUAUGUUUACGUAUAUCUAACGCAAACCAACGAUAUGGUACAAAAAUGUAACUCGAUACUCGAAAACCUGACAAGAUGUACAGUCUUGAAUCUCAUAAAGAGACAUUUUAGGGUUAUUUUGACCGAAUUUUUGCUGCAAUACUGUUCUAGCCCCGAGAAAGUUUUAAAUGCGAUCCGAUACUUAGCUUGUCACGAUCCUGACGUGUCAACUCCUAAUGGCAGCAUGACAAUGAGUAUCGGUCAAAUAGCCGACUUCUUGAACCCGAAAUUUUUGGGGGUACUCGCAUAUUUUGACCACAAACUCGUCAAUACUAAAGUAGCAUUAUCGGUCAAGCGAAAGGCCUUGAAGAGUUUUCCGGAAAUUUUGCAACUGAUGGGCGUAAAGUAUUUGACUCCGCUAAGGUACAAAGUGUUGGCUACCUUACGAACUGCUCUGCCUUUAGCCAAAGAGUUUCCGAAAAUCUUAGCAGAGGCCUGGGGUGCAUUUAUACAUAAUAUCGACAGCAUUUCCCUGGGACCGCUUCUAUCAAAUCUAGCUGUGUCUUUACUUCAGCAAAUAGAAUACGCUCCACAAGAGAUAAACAAAAUAUUCCAAUAUUUAGUCCUCAGUAAUGAAAACAUAUUAAGCUCCCAUAUAUCAGAUCUAUUCUUUAUUGAAGAUACAAAAAUAUCAGAGAGAGUUAAAAUGGUGGUGAAAAAACACGUGACGAGGACCCAACCUGAGAGUUUCUUGGAUAGAGUGAAAUGGUAUUUGCAGCAUUUGAACCAGGAUAUACCUAAAAUAAAGGCGGUGGCAUAUAAUAAUUUGAACCGUCUAUUAGAAAGCAAUAGAAGUGAUAUUCACAAAGCAAUAUUUGGGGGGAAAAGCAUAGAUCCUGUUGUUGUGGAGCUUAUUGAUAAACUGUUAGAUGGCUGCAAAGACCCCGAUGUCUCAGUGAGUGUCGCCAGCGGUCUCUGUCUGGGUCAGUUCGGCGCGAUAGAGGCGGGGCACCUGCCGCGGCGGUAUGUGCAACCAGACGGCUCGCCUUUCGCGUUCUCCAUCAACGACAACUGUUUCGCGGCCACUGCGCUCAUAGAACUAGCCAGAGCGUUUCAAUAUGAGAAGGAUACUAGUAACAUGGACUGCUACGCCUUAACUAUACAAGAAAUACUGAAAAUAUACGACAUCUCACCGUCUGGUAGUAAAAAGGAAGUUUGGGAGAGUUUCCCCGAGAAUAUGCAUCAGAUUAUGAUCCCUUUGUUGAGUUCAAGGUACACCCUGGCAUAUCCAUUUCAACCUAAAAAGGCACAUCCUCUGUUCGGAUCGGUAUACGCUACUACAUUCUUGGAAUGGGCGCAUAACUGGGCCGGUCAACUCAUACCACUCAUAGAAUCACAGAGUAUACGUGAGUUAUUGCGUACCGUGCACCCGAGUAUGCGUCGCGACGUACGCACGCUGUUCCUGUUCCUACCCUACGUGCUACUACACGCUGUCAUGUCCAAAAACAACAUGGAGUAUAUACACGAGGAGAUGUUGGCUGUUAUAGGUUCUGAAACGAUUGCCGACACCGCUUUGUCGGGGGAGCGACAAAAGUUGAAGAUAUUGCGUCACAUUCGCAUGACGCCGAAUGUGCAUACUGUACAGGCUGAAGAUAUGAACCAGAGCAAAUGCAGCAAGACUGUGUACACUUUGUUGGACUUCCUUAAUCGAUGGCUUCUAGAAUGGACUAAUGUGAAGCAACGACCGCUAGAGAAUGGAAAUUAUAAGAAUAUUAAAAUGUUCAUUGAAAAAUUCGACAAACUCAAGAUAGCUCGCGGUAAUUUUGAGUGCGGCGAGUUAGAGAGAGCUCUUCAAUAUCUUGAGCUGUAUAUGACAGAAGAUAAGAGUAGGGCACAAGAACAGCUUUCUUUUCUAGCUGAGAUAUACGCUCUGUUGGACGAACCCGAUACUGUUGCUGGUAUCCUAUCAAUAAAACAAACGGAGCCGUCUGUGAAAGAGUUGAUAUUAGCGCAAGUAGUGACGGGCCGGCUACAAGACGCGGCGCUCUGCUACGAGCGAUUGGCGAAAGAGGACCAAUUGGAUGACCAUAGUUUACGGGGCAUGAUAGACUGCUACCUAGGUCUAGACCAGCCGUUCACAGCUUACAGACUCCUAGACGAGCUAGAUACUGACAUGAGUGAGCUGUCAGCCGAGCCGCUGUGGAGACUCGGCAGGUUCGAGCAGCUAGAUGAAUUGGUGAAGAAACCAGUGCCACCGUCAAGAGAGAAUUGGGGCCUGCUAAUGGGGCGUGUCCUCAUUGCGUACCGGAAACAGGAAGUGACGUCAUUCGACGAGGCCUGCUCACACGCUGCUGCAAGUCUUGUAACGCAAAUGCACACGGACACGAGAGGGGAAAGUGCUUUACGUACUACAUACCAUAGUGUAGUCGGACUCCAUAUUUUAGCUGAGGCUGGACAUGCUAUGGAGCUGCUGAAACGCUUCAAAGAUAUGGAGGAUGGCAGUAGGAGAUGCGAAGAUUUACUAAAUGAAUUGCUGAGCGAGUGGCGGCAGAGGCUGUCUAUAGUGCAGUCGGAUGUCCGAACAAUAGAGCCGCUCCUGCGAAUGAGAAGAAUCCUGCUUCAGCAAAUGCAGGAGCAAUUGGAACCUUCACAUCCUAUGACAUCUAGUAACCUCAAAAGUUGUAUCGGCAAUUUGUGGUUACAAAGCGCUAAACAAGCGAGGAAGGCUGGUAACUUACAACAGUCAUACAUGUAUAUACUGAACGCUGAGGAAUACAAGCCGGAUCAGCUGUUCAUAGAGAAGGCUAAGAUGUACUGGGCACGGGGACAGAACGAGCCAGCCUUCACCAGUUUAAAACGGGGAUUACAAGACGCGUUCCCCAAUCAGAAUAAAUUGACUAGAGAUGAAAGUAAAAUAGUUGCAAAAGCGAAACUACUCAUAGCCAAGUACAACGAUGAGACUGCCAACGUGGAUGUCGACGUCAACAUACGCUUCUAUAAGGAAUCAGUUGACGUUUUCAAGGAGUGGGAAAAGAGCUUGGUGUGCCUCGGUUCAUACUACGAGAAAGUGAGCGGCAGCGCGGACUCGGCGUGGACGCGGCGCUUACACGCGCUCAACUGUUACGGCAAGGCGCUGCAGUACGGCCACCGGUACCUGUACCGCAGCAUGCCCAGGAUGCUGUCUAUAUGGCUUGACGUGGAAGUGACGUCAUCUGACACGAGCGUGCACUCGGUGUUGGCGCAAAUGACGGAAAUCAUUCGGGUAUACUCGGAGAGGCUGCCGCUGUAUCUGUUCCUUACUGCCUUCUCGCAGAUUAUAUCGAGAAUAUGUCACCCGGUAAAGGAGGUAUACCUCCAACUCAAGGCGAUUCUAGUAUCCCUGCUCGCGGCGUACCCGCAACACGCACUAUGGAUGUCGCUCAGCGUGCUCCAGUCAUCGUACCCGGCGCGUGCGAAACGCGCCGCCGACGUCAUUUCUUCGCCGCGUCUGCGUGAACCACAUCUCAUGCGGCUAAGAGACCACUUCACGAGGCUGGCUACAGCGUUAAUAGAGCUGUGCAACAAACCUAUACAUACCAAUGGAGAGAUAACCGUAUCAUCAUUAGUCCGAACUCUCCCUAAGAUGCUAUCGGGAGACUUCAGUCACAUUAUGAUGCCGUUUCAAGAGUUCUGCAAAAUAGUCCUACCGUGUAAGGCGGCUAGUCAGGAGCGGUUAGACAUCAAUAUACCGGUCGAACCGCCCGUGUAUAUAGCGGGAAUAGAAGAGAAGAUCACUAUACUGCCUUCUCUGCAGAAACCUAGGAAGGUUACUCUUAGAGGUUCUGACGGCAAAGCGUACAUUAUAAUGCUGAAACCACGUGAUGAUUUACGCAAGGACUUUCGGCUGAUGGAAUUCAACACGGUGGUAAAUCGGUUCUUACAAGACGAGCCUGAAACUAGAAAGCGAAGACUAUACAUAAGGACAUACAGCGUUCUGCCGCUAAACGAGGAGUGUGGACUCAUAGAAUGGGUGCCAAACUUGGUGGGCCUUAGGCCUGUAUUGCUACAUAUUUAUAAGCAAAAAGGUAUCCAGACCAGCAAUCGCGAGCUCAAAGACAUGAUGUGCUCCAACAAGGAUCCGCUUGAGAAGAAACGGCUGAUAUACGAGACGCAGCUGCUACCGCGACACCCGCCCGUGUUCCACGAAUGGUUCCGCAGAGUGUUCGCUGACCCCUGCGCCUGGUAUCAAGCGAGGUCCGCCUACAUCAGGACAACAGCUGUCAUGUCUAUGGUCGGCUAUAUUCUUGGUCUAGGCGACCGACACGGCGAGAACAUAUCGUUCGACGCGACUAACGGCGACACGGUGCACGUCGAUUUCAACUGUCUGUUCAACAAGGGCGAGGCUUUCGAGUGGCCCGAGCGAGUGCCGUUCCGUCUGACGCACAACAUGUGCGCCGCCAUGGGCCCGUUACAGUACGAGGGGAUGUAUAGGAAAUGCUGUGAAGCUGUCAUGCGGGCGCUGCGUGCACAGACCGAGGCGCUCAUGUCCGUUGUGGGGCCGUUUGUAUACGACCCGCUAGUAUCGUGGGGCCGCGGCCGACCCCCGCCCUCCGCCCCGCCCGAGCGGACCAACGAUCAGGCCCUGCAGCACCUGGCGCAUAUACGACAGAGGCUGAACGGCAUGGUGAAAUUGAACAACAAGCAACUAUCGCUGUCCUUGUCUCCGGAGGGGCAAGUGGAACACCUCAUAGUGGAAGCGACGAGCAUCGUCAAUCUCUGUCAGAUGUAUAUCGGAUGGGGACCAUUUUUGUGAUACUAUUGUAAGAUUAUACUUUGUGAUACUAAUAAUUUAAAGUUCAUUAAU